UUACCUAAAUGCCUAAAUGGUCAAAGGCGAGGGCAGGUGUGCGUUUGCGAUGAUACCUAUUUUGCUUUUAUACUGGACUAUGCAUCGGGUAUGGCCCUACCAUGCUCUACCUAGCUACUUAGUCAACCAACCAUUUGGCUAUCACUCAAGUCAUGAGUGCGAAGGAAGAGAUCUCUUCUCCUAUUUAGUACAUGAUGGUACUAUUUGGUGUGCUUAUCGACUUUGUUAUGUUCAGUAUGAGGUUGUUUUGUUUGGUCCAGUAUCUUCAGCUAACAAUGCUUACUCGCACUCAUAGCAUAUGCUGCUGUUGCCUUUUAUACGUUUUACCUGCAGCAUCGCACAGCUUACACGGCCACCACCACCACAAAUCAUAUAGAGGCACAUCACACUUGUAUUAUGAAGGUUUCCACAAUGGGGACAAUGGUGUGAUGUCUUAUCAUGAUCGUGUCUUAUCCAUAACAAAUGUAUGGGUGCAAAGCGUACCAGGUGUAGGGACGAUUGUGUCUUCCAUGCAGUACACAUGGCAAAAAGAAAAUUAGAGCAAAAAGGAAAACCUUUCGAGGCAGUUGUGAAGAACGAUGACCUCAUUAUGCGCCAUAUUCUUCACCCCCUGCUGGAAUGUGUAUAAGUUUUCAUGCUUUUCUCUCUCUUGCCCAAAGACUUUUUUGCCCUAAAUUCCUG